CUUUCGCAGCGCAGCAGUCUCACAGAGGCCAGCUUUGUGCGCGUCAUACCUGCAGCCACGCCAAUAUGAAAGAAUUGAAAAGUGAUGAGAAGGGAGUAGACCGUAGUUACUACGUCAGCCGUUGAGCAUUCCCCGGGUAUACACCAAUACCUCUACCAUCCCCGUAAAUGCUUUCUGCGUUUCCCUGUUUUUCGCUCACACCAGGUUUCUUCUUUCUACUUAAUCUUUCCUUUCAGGGUCCAGGCCUCGAAGAAAACUAACCAGUCAUCGCGCGCGAAAAUCCACGACGUUGCGAAUAUGGCAAACGCUGCUGAAGUUCAAGCUGCGAAUGGCUUCAAUGGCCACCACCACCACCAUAAGCAGCAGAAGACUCAUCUCAGCGAAUUCGGCACUCACAUGGUAGCGGCAUCUGGUGAAUUUGUUGGUACUUUCUUCUUCUUGUACUUUGGCUAUGCUGGCAACAUUAUUGCUGUUCUUCAAGAGCCUGCCACUGGGCCUAAUGGCACAUUGGCCAACAACACUAUUAUCUGGAUCGCGAUGGCAUACGGCUUCUCCCUCUUGGUUAAUGUUUGGGCCUUCUACCGAAUCAGCGGUGGAUUGUUCAACCCUGCGGUCACCUUCGGUCUCUGUCUUGCUGGCCAAUUGCCAUGGAUGCGAGCGCUGUACCUAUUCCCAGCCCAGCUCAUCGCCUCGAUGUGCGCGGGUGGUCUCGUCGAAGCCAUGUUCCCCGGAAGUGCCUCGCAGGCAAACACAACGCUCGGUCCCAAUACUUCGAUAGCACAAGGCGUCUUUCUUGAGAUGUUCUUUACAGCCCAGUUGGUCUUCGUCGUCUUGAUGCUUGCGGCGGAGAAGUCCCGCGAUACAUUCCUCGCGCCAAUUGGCAUUGGUCUUUCUGUUUUCGUGGCCCUCAUUCCAGGCGUCUUUGUGACAGGCGGAUCAUUAAACCCUGUACGAUCAUUUGGCUGCGCUGUCGGUGGCAGAGACUUCCCCGGUUAUCACUGGCUCUACUGGGUUGGACCUCUCCUUGGUGGUGCUCUUGCUGCUGGCUACUUCAGGCUUGUCAAGAUGAUGCACUACGAGGAGGCAAACCCAGGGCAGGACAGUCCAGUCGACGUCUAGGAGGCGACGACAGAACAUCAGUAUGUUUGAGCAAAAGUGGUGGCUUGGGUUUGUGUUUUGAGCAGCAAUCUGCCACUUGUCAUCUACAUCAAGGGCGGUAUCAUGGAGGUUUAUACAAAGUAAUAAUUCGAUGGCACGGUGAAGUUGUUAAUGAAGCAUGAUGACCUAUUCAUCACUGCAUGGUAAAUAAGACACUUAAGUAUCGCUCAAACCCAA